AUGCCCAUGUCGUUCUUCUCUGCGACGAACCAGAAACGGACGGGCGUUGGUGCUAUCAAGCGGAAGGUUAAGAUGGCUACGCGUCUUGUUGUGCUUAGGGGCGCGAAAGUGGAGGAUGGGAAGUUUAGGGGGAUGCCGUACUCCAAGGAAAUUUUUGAUAAGGGGGAGGUGAGGAAGAUGGAUGGGAAGGGGCGAACAAGGGGCGAAUUCAAAUUUUUGGUUGUUCUUCCCGACAACUGA